UGCAACGGUUGCAAUUGUACAUCCCCGGCCAAACAAAAAAUGUUUUUUUUAACACAUUAAAAUAUCCGAACAACCAAAGGCGGAUGUCGUAUAAAAUAGGUGAGUGAAAAUAGGGUGGGAGCACAUUGAUGUUUUAUAGUUGGAGGAUGGUGUAACUGCAGAAGGAUAUAUUUAGUAACACCAGUGAGGAUGAGUUGGUCCGGUGCGUUCAUCAUUUUUUGGCUGGGGAUGACGGCGGCUGGCCGGGGAGUCUUCGCGGUGCCCUCGCUCUCUUGUGUCAGUUACGUCCGGCGCGGGGAUUACAACCUCGGUGGAAUUUUUUCGGUCCAUGAGGACUCACAUACUCUGGACGGCGACCAGUGCAGUGAAGAGCUGUACACCUUCGUCAUGUACGUCGUGGAGAGCAUGGUUUUCGCCAUCGACGAGAUUAACAACCGCACCGAUAUCUUACCGGAUGUGCAACUCGGAUUUGAAAUCAGAGACGAUUGUCUGUCCGAUGAUUUGGCGUUGUGGACGGCCAUGGCCCUCAUCAAGGGGCACGAUAACCCGUUGUAUGAGCACAUCUGCCCGGAGAACACCACCGAGGGUACCCUGCUGGACGAUGGGGUCAUCGGUAUUGUUGGCCCCGGUAGGAGCUCAAUGAGUUUAACGGCAGCAUCGGUGGCCGAUCUCUUUCAAGUCCCCAUGAUAUCAUACGCAGCGACGAGCGAUGAGCUGAGUGACAAAGUAAAGUUUCCAUUUUUCCUGCGCUCUGUGGCCCCGGACCGGUUCCAAGUGGAUGCCAUAGCGGAUAUAUUAGUGCAUUUUGAGUGGGUUUACAUAACCAUCCUCUACUCUACGGACGAGUACGGCAUUAACGGUGCCAGGUUAUUGCAACAAAAGGCCGAGGAAUAUGGUAUCUGCGUCUGGUUAUCUGUGUCGAUCAGAGCCUCGCCGAGCGAGCGAGAAAUCGCCGAUGUCGUGCAGAGACUUAAACGCAACGUCAAAUCAAAGGUUACCGUUAUCUUCGCCAUUUAUCAAGUGGCGAAUGCCGUUCUGACGGAGGGGAGGCGAUCCGGAUUGCCUAAUAACAUGACCUGGAUCGCCAGCGAUGCUUGGGGCCACCGACUGGCGGAAUUCAACAACCAGGAUAUUGCAUUAGGGGGGCUCUUCAUUGACUUGGAGAGUAACAGCGUGCCGGAACUGGAGCAGCACUUCAAGACACUGACUCCGGAGAACAACCGGAAUAAUCCUUGGUUUGAUACCUACUGGGAGCAUCUCCUGUCCAAGACCAAUUGCUCACAUCAGCAUAGAGCAAGGACAGAGACCUCACAGGUAUCGCGAGUCCAAGAAGAGGAAAUGGAGUGCGUAGUGUCAUUUCACAAGCCCGGAUUUAGUUCCAAGGCUGUAGCGUCAGUUUUUGACGCUGUUUACGCAUUAGCAUAUGCUCUUGACUCCUUACUGAAGGAGUCUUGCCCGGGAGGAGAUCUUCAAUGCCGUCCUCAUUUCACUGGGAUGGAUUUUCUGGAGCACCUGUACAACGUCAACUUCCAGGAGCACGGGGGACAUUUUCUCUUUGAGGACAAGGGCGACCCGCCGGGUAAGUACGAGAUCAAGAACCUACAGCUGAUCGAUGGGGAGUAUCGGAUGGUACCGGUGGGGAGAUGGGAUGCUAUGAACGCCACGGCCCGUCUGACCAUGGAUAAGGAUCAGAUCUACUGGGCCGGUGGCGAUGUUCGAAUCCCUGAAUCGGUCUGCAAGGAGACGUGUCGAGCUGGAUAUAUACCUUUCCACUUAUCUGAGGCUUGCUGCUGGGGAUGUCACCGCUGCUCCCAGGACGCUAUCGUCGCGAACGGGACGCAGUGUGAGAAGUGCCCCAAGGGGAUGUGGCCGGACAGGAACUACACGAGUUGCGAGCCGUAUCCGGAGAUACCAUUAAGCACCAACGAGCCAGUUAUCUUAGUUGUACUCCUACUCUCCGGGCUUGGUAUCGUCUUGACUGUAGUGACGGUAGCCGGGAUGUGCGCUCAUUGGAACCACCCUAGGAUCAAGGCGAGUAGCCGCGAAUUGAGCUACGUCAAUAUAGUCGGUCUGAUUCUCGCCUUCUUGACCAUCUUUCCACUGAUAACCAGGCCGUCCAAGGCGUCUUGCUCCGUUGCACAGACUAUUAUUUCAGUAUGCCUCACUUUAACAUUCGCGCCAACUUUACUGAAAGUCAGCCGAAUUUACAGAAUCUUUCGUGCGGGGAAGAGGUCGACACAGCGGCCGAGUUUUAUCAGUCCGAGGGAGCAAAUUGUUAUGGUCUCGGUGAUGGUAGGGCUUCAGCUCAUCAUCUCCUGCCUCUCUGCCGUCCUGCCCGAGACUUUCUCUGGAGGGAUUGACAAAUAUACAUACAGCCCUUUCUUUGAGGACGGGGUUGGCGUCUCCGAAGACUUGGGUCACCCGACCGUGUCGUUCUCAUUCUACUGUAAGUUUGGUCUCGGUUUCCUCAUCUCGGCAGUCUACAACCUCAUCAUCAUCAUUGGAUGUUGCUAUUACGCUCUUAGAGCCCGCCACGUCCCGGACAACUACAACGAGUCCAAAUUCAUAGCCGUCAGCGUGUACUCCACCCUGGUCUUGUGCCUAGCCGUCGUCCCCAUGUACCAGACGUCGGACGACGUCCACAUGAAGAUCGCCACCCUAAGCCUUGCUCUCAUUAUAAAUGCUUACGUCACUAUCGUCUGUCUUUACAUGCCCAAAUUCUACAUUAUUUGUUUCAUCGAGAAGAAGUUCCCGGAUGCAAGUAGCCCCAGGCCCGCUAGCACACGGACCUUAAAUAACUCGAGCAGCCUAAAGGAUCGAGGCAGCUUGCGCAGUGCCAAAACUCAACCCCCCAUUAACACGUUCGUGGAGCUAUUCAGCGAGCGUGGGGAGGAGUUAUAAAGGAAUUUAUUAAUUAUAGAAGAAAUAACACUAUGUAUUUAUAAAUAGUGGUGUAUACUAUUGUGGUGAAAGGUUUCUAUUGGAAAUUGUUAAUAUGGUACAUAACUGACCCGAAUUACGCGUCCCGAGGACUUGACACUUUUGUGGGUCAGACUGACCCCACAAAUGGUUGCAAAAAAAUAUAGGUUUGAAUUGGAUUCUGUGUCAGUUUGACUCAGUUUCGAGUCAGUUUGACACAGAUGCUGGGUCAUGACCCCGCGUGGAGUGGUAAUUAUAAUUAUAAUGCCAUAUAGCAUCAACAAAGUUGAGUGACACUGCAGUUGAGUUGACGGUCAAAGACAGUUUUGAGAUGUAUUUCAAUCAAACACAGAUUUCUUUAAAUUGGGAGUGAAGUUCGAUUGCAGCACUCGGAAAUCAGUGUUGAUUUGGAGAUGUGUAUGAAAUGUCAUUUAUUAACGGCCAUGACUUCGACAGUAACUAAUACCUAACUUAUUUUGCCGGAGGUACUGGCAUGAACUGUAUAACCCGUGCGCUUUCAGAUUGAAACACACUUUUAACAUUAUCUUCAGUUUAAUUAUCCUUAAAUGUCUUAUGUUUAGUUAGAUAUGGGGCAAUAUAUCAUCUUGAUCAAAGCAUGCCUACGGCUGUACGUGGAGUUAAUACGCAUGUGCGUGCAGAUACUAAAAAGUUGAUAAAUCCAUACAGCCACAGGCCUGUUUUGACUAUGCCGACACAACCCCUUUAGGGUUAUCAUUUGAGAAAAGUUGUGUCCUAUACAAUUACAUAAAACUUGUACGGUGUGAUGGGAAUGUGCAUGACACACGCGUGAAUUGAGCACAGUCACAGUGUGCAAUGAUCAUAAGAAAGUUAGUUGGCUAUUGGGCUAUCUCAGAGUUUCUCGAUGAAAAACAAAUUGUUCUUUAAAAGCAUUCAGUUUGACACACUUUCAGGUCAGUGACACAAACUUCGGAUACCUCCCAUUGUUUCACAGUAGAAUCACAGUAGUUGCCACAUUUUCACGCUCCUGGCACAACAUACCCAAUCUAUACUACUCCAUAAUGCCAUCUCCUUGAAUAUACCCAUCAUCGUUUGAACAUUCAUUUAGAGAGAGUUAUGUUCCACAAGGGGCUUCAAUAAUGUACCCGAAUCAGUAACUGGUACUGGAGCAGGUGUUUCGUCGAUUUGAUACCAUGGGAAUAGCGAUGAAUCUUAUCACAUUAAGAAGGAAAUAUGUCUGGAUCCCACAUUGCUAAUUGGGGCGUAGUGAUACUUGUCACGAAACCGAAGCAGGCUGGGAAAUAGUCAGGCCCCCUAACCCAAUAACCGUUAUCCAAUAAUCAUUAUUGAAUAGGAAACCAGGGCCUGGAGCAGAUUUCAUUGAGCUGAUAAACUACAAAACAUUUUCCAAGAGAACUCUUUAAUAGUCGGCCGAAACAGGUUAUUACAGAGGGAUCGCCAGAUAACGAGAUAAUAUAUCUCGCUAUCUCUUCUACUUAUGGAAAAAGUCGAAGCGAAAUCAAGUUCUUAUGUUAUAGUUGGUUGCAAGGACGGCCGAGUGGUAGCAAAACAUUGAUAACAGAUGUUCUGACCAAGAUUAAAUUUGUUUUAAACUUUCAAUAAAAUAAAAUAUCUCUA